AUAUAGCUCAAAGCCGAGCGGCUUGUAUAACCUGACAGAUGGCAGUAUAACGUGGACAACGAACUGUCAAAUGAAAGGUAUUAACAGAUGUGGCGGGGGAGCUUGGACACUAGUUAUGAGAGUGAAUGGCUCACAGGGCACAUUCAGGUAUAAUUCCACUGCAUGGAGCAAGACAGCAACGGUAACUAAACGACGACGAACGAUUCUCCCGGGCUACUGGCUGAGCCCAUUCAACAAAAUCGGCAUCCAUUUGAGGUUUAAUGCAGCAAGUACGACCCUGGUACUCAACCACACGGCUCCUUCACUUCAUUCAGUCUUGCAACAGGGAAACAACCAAGCCAUCACGCAAGAUUUCUUCCUAGAAACAGGGUUUCCAUGGAUUCCAACCACUCUCGAUGAUUCCUGUCUGGAGAAAGGCCUCAACGUGAUAGCGUCACAUAACAUGACCAUAGUCAAAGCACGAAUCGGUGUGUCUUCUAACGAAUCAAGAUGUCCUUAUCCAUCUCCGUUUUUUGCUCGUGGCGUGGGAUUUGGUUUGUCGAUGGGUUUUCCAGAUAACAUAACGUGUGGCGAUAUAUAUUUAGGUGAUGAUAAUGAUGGGCCAAGGGUAACUCCAGCUUUUUGUGAAAUAUACAUUCAGUAAUGGCGCAGUGCAUUGAUUUAAUUUAGCCUAAUACGAGUACGCUUUUUAGGCGAACAAUGGAAUCUUUUUUCUUCCCAGCAAGUCUGCUCGGGGGUCAUAAAAUUUUUGUAAAAUACAAUUUGGUAUCUAUGCUGCGAAUUUUUCCUCCCUAAGGUAUGCACAACAAUUCACAACACUUUUGUUCUAACAGACCUUUUCGAAGAAUGGCUCUGUAACAUUCUACCCUUCGCAUAACGAUUUUUUUGUUUUGCGACGACGUUAUUUAAAAUGUUUGUUGUAAUAACUUGGCCUGUAAGAGUGAAUAAAUAGGAAAUUCCAAUUAGACACUUACACUUGCGCCUUUACUAACAACAAAAUGAACUUUUCCGAAUCAGUGUAAUUCGAAGAUUUCUGAUAAUUUACCAGGUUUUCCCGAAUAAAUUGUAAAUAGCGUAAGUAGCCGUACCAGUGUUGUGAGUAGUGCUAAGUAGUGUGAACCACAAUUAAAACGUAAAGAAAAGGUCUCCGAA